AUGGAAAAUGACGAUCUUAUUGCAAUUCUGGAAGGAGUGGAGAAUGUCGAACAAUUUAUUGCUAUUUCUGAUGAAGAUUCAGAUCUAUCAGAUUUUGAGGACCCGACUACUGAGGAAAGUCAAAACAUUUCUGCUGGAGAAUAUAGUUUUCAAUGGUCGUCCGAAGCCUUCGAAAUUAAAAACGAGCCGUUUGAUGAUUUUUUUAGCGGUAUUUCGCCGUCAAUGAUUUCGUCGGUCUCAUCAGAAUUGGAUAUUUUUUUACAUUAUUGCAAUGAAGCUUAUGUAGAAAAAAUUGUUGAAUUUACUAAUAGUUACCAGCAAUAUGUUGUUAGACAUAUUGAUAUAAAACUUCAUUCAAGAUUAAAAAAUUGGUAUCCUGUAACAGUUCCUGAAAUGUAUACAUUUUUCGCUGUGUGUAUGCUAAUGACAAGAAACAGCCGGAAUACGAUUGAAGAACACUGGUCUACUAACCCAUACUUGCAUUCCGGCAUAUAUGGUAGUCUUAUGUCGAGAAACCGGUUUUGUACAAUUUUAGGCAUGUUGCAUUUCUGCCAACCAGGCCCUAGGACUGAGGAAGAAACUAUAUUGUCAAAAAUUAUUUACCCAGUAAAUCAUGCUCGUCAGACAUUUAAGAAUAGUUUUAUACCAUACGAAAAAAUUUGCAUUGACGAAAGUAUUGUACCAUUUAAAGGGCGACUUCUUAUUAAACAGUAUCUUCCCAAAAAAAGAAAUCGUUUUGGUAUCGAGCUCUUCGUUUUAUGUGAUGUGUUGUCGGGAAUAAUUUUGGAUUUUAUUGUAUACUGCGGCAAAGACACGGAAUUAACACAUUUUGAUAAUUUAGGCGCAAGUGGCUCAGUAGUUGCAACACUUCUAGAAGAAUAUUACGGUGUUAAUAGGAAAUUAUACAUUGACAAUUGGUAUUCAAGUCCAAAAUUGUCUAUAUUUUUAAAGCAACGAAGUAUACAUACAUGUGGUACAGUAAAGCCGAAUAGAAGCGAAAUGCCAAAAUUUAAGAAUUUAAAGAAAGGAGAUAGAGAAGCUUUGUAUUCUGACCCUAUAAUGGCUAUGAAAUGGCGUGAUAAAAAAAAUAUACAUAUGUUAACAACUAUUCAUAAAGACGAAAUGGGGCCAACAGAAAAAAUGGACCUAAUGACUGGUUUGCCUAAACUGAAGCCUGAGUGUAUCAUUGACUAUAAUAAAAAUAUGGGUGCCGUGGAUGCCUGUGAUAUGAUGUUAAGCGGUCUACAAUGCAUAAGAAAAACCAUUAAAUGGUAUAAGAAACUAUUUUUUCACAUCCUAGACUUACAUUUGCUGAAUUCGUAUCAUAUCUUUAAAAUAACUUGCAAAGACGAUUUUAGCCCUAGUUUCAGGAAAUACCAAUUGGUAUUAAUAGAACAGCUUGUUCAGAAAUAUGGUGAGCAAUCAGUUCAUAAAACAUUACCGUCUACAUCUCGUGCCUUAGAACAACCUACGCGAUUCUUGCCCGGAGACGGAGCUCGACAUAUGCCUUCAUACGUUCCCAAACAAAAGAAACUUCGAUGUAAACUUUGUGCUCGAUCUAAAAAACGACGCACCACCAGAUACAUGUGUGCAGUGUGUACAGUGGCACUUUGCGUAAUUCCAUGUUUCCAGCUUUAUCAUAAAAAAAAAUAA